AUGCCUCGCGAAAUUAUCACUUUACAAGCCGGUCAAUGUGGAAAUCAGAUUGGUAGUGAAUUCUGGAAGCAGAUCUGUACUGAGCAUGGCAUUAGCAGCGAUGGCACAUUGGAGGACUUUGCUACCGAAGGUGGUGAUCGGAAAGACGUCUUCUUUUAUCAGGCUGACGACGAGCACUAUAUCCCUCGUGCUAUCCUGCUAGACCUUGAGCCACGAGUUAUCAACAACAUCCGUGAUUCUCCAUUUGCCAAUCUAUACAACCCUGAGAACAUUUUGGUAUCCAACGAAGGCGGUGGUGCAGGCAACAUUUGGGCCUAUGGUUACUCUCAAGGAGAAAAGGUCUAUGAAGACAUCAUCGAUAUGGUGGAUCGUGAAGCGGAUGGGAGUGAUUCAUUAGAGGGUUUUAUGCUUCUUCAUUCGAUCGCUGGAGGCACAGGAAGUGGAUUGGGCUCUUUUCUUCUCGAACGACUCAAUGAUCGCUAUCCCAAAAAGUUGAUCCAAACCUACUCGGUGUUCCCCAACUCUGAAGAAGUGUCGGAUAUCGUGGUGCAGCCAUAUAACAGCAUGUUGACCUUAAAACGAUUGACCUGCAACGCUGAUAGUGUGGUGGUUCUGGAUAACGCAGCGUUAGCACGCAUUGCCACGGAUCGAUUGCAUACAGCUACUCCCAACUUUGAGCAGACAAAUCAGCUGGUGUCUACUGUCAUGUCAGCAAGCACUACAACACUUCGCUAUCCAGGAUACAUGAAUAAUGACCUUGUCGGCAUUGUCUCCUCGCUUAUACCAACACCACGAUGCCAUUUCUUGACCACUGCAUAUACUCCCUUCUCAAGCGAACAAGUAGAAAAGGCCAAAAUUAUCAGGAAAACAACAGUAUUGGAUGUCAUGCGACGAUUACUACAACCUAAAAAUCGAAUGGUGUCAACAAUGCCUUCACGACGCAGUUGCUAUAUUUCGGUGCUCGAUAUUAUACAAGGAGAAGUGGACCCAACAGAUGUGCACAAAUCAUUGUUGCGUAUUCGAGAGAGGCGAUUAGCACAAUUCAUUCCAUGGGGCCCUGCAAGUAUUCAAGUAGCACUGUCAAAGAAAUCACCUUACGUUCAAACUCCACAUCGUGUCAGCGGCCUAAUGCUUGCCAAUCAUACCAGCAUAGCAUCGCUCUUCAAACGAACGUGUGACCAAUACGAUCGAUUCCGGAAAAGAAAUGCAUUCUUGGAACAAUAUCGAAAGCACCCCAUGUUUGCCGAAGGUUUAGAAGAGUUUGAUGAUUCUCGACACGUUGUCCAGGACCUUAUUGACGAAUAUGAAGCAUGCGAGACCCCAGACUAUCUUAACUAUGGAAACAAGGAUAGUAUGGAAGAGUAA